UUGACCUUCUUUUGAAAAAGGGACGGCAAAACCUCCCUUGCUCUCUAGUAAUUUCAUUUGUUUUUCUUUUCUCUCCAUUUGGGAUUUCUGCUAGGAGAGUCAACAAACUAUCGAUGGAGAGGGAAAGCCUUUUAAAUGGCCACAAUAGUGUUGAUUUGGUCAAGAUUGGCGUGUGCUACAUGUUGCAAUCUGUGAUGGCUGAGACGGCUCUCAUUGCUCUAACCUCUCGGCUUUUGUUUCUCGUUAAGACAUCACCUUUGUUGGAUGCUAAUAUGCUCGCAUAUUUGGUAGGAACUGAUAACAGGUUCCCAAUGGGCAGAUUGAAUAGAUUGGAAAAGGCUGCUGCUGAAAAUAUGGGUGGCGGUGAUGCUGAGGAUACUGAAAGUGAAGAUGAUGAUGACGACGAGGAUGAUGAAGACGACGACGACGACGACGAUGAUGGAGAAGAUGAGAGUGAAGAUGAAGAUGAUUCUGAUGAUGAGCCUUUUGGUGAUGGAGAAAGUGAUGAUGACGACGACGAUGAUGAUAGCGAUGAAUAUGAUGAUGAAUACGAUGAUGAUGGGGAUGAAGAAGAUGAGGAGGAUGAAGAGAGUGAUGAAGAGGAUGACAAAGAAAUGCAAGCCCAACCACCUUCCGAAAGGAAGAAGUGAGACGGAAUUCUCUCUUUAAUCUAGUUCUCGUGGAGCUUGGAUUCAAGAGUUUGAUGGGGUAGAGGGGAAAAAGAAAACCCUUACAUGUACAUUUUAGUAACAAAGAUUGCAUCACUUUAUAAAGUGAUUCAUUAAUUUAUAAAGCAAAACUGCAUCACUUUUUUUUGUUGAA